AUGACGGGGAAAGCGGGGGAAGCGUUGAGCAAGCCCAAAUCCGAGACAGUGGCCAAGAGUACCUCGGGGGGCGCCCCGGCCAGGUGCACAGGGUUCGGCAUCCAGGAGAUCCUGGGCUUGAACAAGGAGCCUCCCAGCUCCCACCCACGCGCUGCCCUCGACGGCCUGGCCCCCGGGCACCUGCUGGCGGCGCGCUCAGUGCUCAGCCCCGCAGGAGUGGGCGGCAUGGGGCUCCUGGGCCCCGGGGGGCUCCCCAGCUUCUACACGCAGCCCACCUUCCUGGAAGUGCUGUCUGACCCUCAGAGCGUCCACUUGCAGCCACUGGGCAGAGCAUCGGGGCCGCUGGACACCAGCCAGACGGCCAGCUCCGAUUCUGAAGAUGUUUCCUCCAGUGACCGAAAAAUGUCCAAAUCGGCUUUAAACCAAACCAAGAAACGGAAGAAGCGGCGACACAGGACAAUCUUUACUUCCUACCAGCUAGAGGAGCUGGAGAAAGCAUUCAAUGAGGCCCACUACCCAGAUGUCUAUGCACGGGAGAUGCUGGCCAUGAAAACGGAGCUGCCAGAAGAUAGGAUACAGGUCUGGUUCCAGAACCGCAGAGCCAAGUGGAGGAAGCGAGAGAAGUGCUGGGGCCGGAGCAGCGUCAUGGCGGAGUAUGGGCUCUAUGGGGCCAUGGUGCGGCACUCCAUCCCCCUGCCCGAGUCCAUCCUCAAGUCCGCCAAGGACGGCAUCAUGGACUCCUGUGCCCCGUGGCUACUGGUUCAAGAUGGCUUUCCCAGGCGCUUUUCUAAACCCGAAUACCAACAAUUCUUUUUAGGGAUGCACAAAAAGUCGCUGGAGGCAGCAGCUGAGUCGGGGAGGAAGCCCGAGGUGGAACACCAGGCCCUGCCCAAGCUCGACAAGAUGGAGCAGGAGGAGAGGGGCCCUGACGAGCAGGCAGCCAUCUCCCAGGAGGAACUGAGGGAGAACAGCAUUGCAGCGCUUCGAGCUAAAGCUCAGGAGCACAGCACCAAAGUGCUGGGGACUGUGUCUGGGCCAGACAGUCUGGGCCGGAAUCCCGAGAGGCCAGAGGAGGCGGAGGCCAUGGAUGAAGACAGGCCGGCUGGGAAGCUGAGUCCACCGCAGCUCAAAGACAUGGCUUAGGCCAAGGGCCACUCAGACACCAGAGCCCCAAGACUGCUUCUCCCAGGGAGGGAGGUUCUCUCUGGGGCAGGCCAAACCUGGUCUUGGCCACCCUCCCCCUGCCCCGUAGGCCCUCCAUGACCCCCACUGACUCCAGGCACAGGUCAGUCCUGGCUGUGCUUUUGGACCAUGCUGAGACAUCCUGGACCCUGUCUUGACUCUGCAGCUUCCUCUUCCUCAUCCCAGCAUCCCUGCCUCGGAAGCCUUCUUGCUGCCCCAGCCAUCCCUGUGAGCCCCUGUCACUCAAUCCCUUGGUAACUCUCACUGUCCAAGUCCUCCCCUUCCUCUCUGUUCCUUGGCUCUAAAGAGGCCUCCUUCAGGGCUGGGGAUUUAGCUCAGUGUUUCUGCCACCUGCCUUGCAAGCACAAGGACCCGAGUUCGAUCCCUGGUACCAAAAAAAAAGAGGCCUCCUUCCUAGCUCUGAACCCCCUGUGGAUUCUGCUCAGUCCAUGCCUAAGGGUUGUUGCUGUAAACACAUUGCCUGCCGCAGCCGUGACACAGUGAGGACCUGCAUUCCAGCUCCAGUGUCCUGAGCUCCCCGUUCCUCAGCAAGUCUUCUCCCCUCAGCCUGUUCCUACCUGCACCGGGCUUCUGUGUGAAUAUGCUGUUCUGCAGGCCCACCUGCAACUUCCGCCUCCUCUGCCCCACCCCAUGGGAUUCUGGGCUAAACAGGAGAAGUCUGGGCCUGGGCUCCUCAGUCACCCUUAGCCUCCUUCCCUACUGUGGUCACCUUCAGGAACCUGCCUAGCACAGGUGCCAACACCACAUAUAGCUUGUACAGUACUCACGGUGGGUCCGGGUCCUGUGUUCAGGGAGGGUGAGCAGCUCUGUUGGGAGCCCAAACCCUCUACCCAGAGCCCUUGGGCCCCUGGGCCUGUGUUCUGAAGCGUUCUGACUCUCCCCAUGUGCUGCCUGUGAGCUUGACUUGCUGUGCAAGGGACCCUUCCCCUUGAGCUUCUUGCAAACUCCUGGUUCGCGUGUGCUCUGCUUGGAGAAACCUAAUGCAGCUAGGAAGCCACAGACCUGGUCUCAACUUAACCCAGGCCACCUCUAAGAAGCCAAACCUGGAGUAGGCCUGGGCCAUAAAUGUUCAUCGAGGGUGGGUCUCAAGAAGGGUAUGGGAAGAGGCUCAGAGGGAAGCAAGGCAGGAGCCUUGCUGAGUAUUAAACUCAGACCAACUGCAGGCACUCACACCUCCAGCCAGCUGUACGUCGGAAGUUCAGGAUGUCUGCUGGAAUCAGUCAGACUCAGGAGCCAUAUUGGAAUAAAGCACUGGGUCCUUCUGUCUGGUUGUGGGUAGGCUUGUCAAUGCUGAGGGCCUCUCUGCAGCUGCCCUCCCCACCCCAGCCUUUAUUUACCUUCUGCAUUAGUAGUGAGGACACAGCUUCAUGGAGCCCAGUGGGCUUACAUUCCCAGGCCAGGUACCCGGCCCCCUUUACCUCUUGACAUCUACCAACCCACCCACCUUCGCAGGGAAUACAUCCCAAGAGGGGCUGAGACACUGAGUGGCAAUUGAAAUUCUGUAUCCAAAGUUGAUUUCUUCAUUCCAUUCACAGAACCCUCCCCUCUCCAGUUCUUGUCUUUGCCUUCUGUUGGUUUGAAAUGUUAGACUGUAGCCCUGGUGUGUAAAUAAUGUACAUAGAGUGAGAAGAAACUUGAUAUUGAGGUGUUUGAAAUAUGGAACUGUAACAACUUCUAGGCAUUCUAAAACCUGUGAUUUCUGUGCCAUUUUCUGUAAAGAUACAAGUAAGAAUAAAAUUGAAGUAAAA